AUGCCUCUCGAGAUCCUCUUCUUCGGAGCCGGUGCGAUCGGGGCAUUCUAUGCCUCCCGCAUCGCCACCAAUGCCGACACCAACGUCUCGGUCGUAUGCCGGUCCAACUACGCGGCGGUGAAAAGCCAAGGGUUUCGCGUGACAUCGCCUCAGUACGGCGACUACCAAUGGACACCGACCCGGACGUUCGAUUCGGCCGAGUCGGCCAGAAAGAGCGGCGUGCAAUGGGACUACGUCGUGGUCAGCACCAAAGCGCUCCCCAACAUCUCAGAUGACUCGAAACAGCUGGAGGGUCUAGUGACCAGUCCGACCACGGCCAUCGUGUUGAUCCAGAACGGAUUGGGCGUUGAACAACCAUACGCUCGACGGUUUCCCAGUGCUUCCAUCUUGAGCGCCGUGACGGUUGCGUCGGCCGCACAGCCUACGAAUGGCCAUAUCAGGCAUAAUCGAUGGACGCGGAUCAAUAUAGGACCAUUCUUCGAUGACUCAAAUGAGUCGAAUCAACAGAACCCGAAGGCGAAAGUAACAGCUACAGCCCAAAACCAACGGUUCGUCGAAUUACUGCUGAAAGGAGGUAUCAAGGAUGCAAUUGCCGACACGCACGAGAAAUUGCAGUUGGUUCGCUGGCACAAGAUCGCCAUCAACGCCGCGUUCAACCCGUCCGCCGUGCUCUCCGGGGGCAGUCAUAAUGAAGCCAUGGCUUCCGACGCGGAGCUGUAUGUCCAUCUCAAAGGCGUCAUGGACGAAGUUCUCUCCACUGGGCCCAAGGUCGUCGGCACUCCGUUCCCGUCGUCGUUUGCUUCCUCUGAAGGUAUUCUGAGAUCGACGCUGAGGAACAAAAGCGGCAGUAAGCCGAGCAUGCUGCUGGAUUGGGAAAGUGGGAAGCCCAUGGAGCUGGAGGUCAUCCUGGGCAAUCCUAUUCGCUUGGCUCGGGAAAAGGGCUACGAGAUGCCGAGGAUGCAGAGUCUGUAUGCCCUGAUCAAGAUGAAGGAGAAGAACUGGGAGGCUAGAAACAAGACGGAGAAGAGCAAAUUAUGA